UUUUACGUCUGCUUUUCAAUUUCUUAUCACCCUAGAUCAAAUCUCAACUCCUCUCUCUCUAGAUCCAUCUCUCCCUGUAGCCAAUUGCAUUGCUGAUCUACAAUGGCUGCUGCUGAUACCGAGAAGUUGAAUAACCUUCGCUCGGCUGUUUCUGGCCUCACGCAGAUCAGUGAUAAUGAGAAAUCUGGAUUUAUCAGCCUUGUCUCGCGCUAUCUGAGUGGUGAGGCCCAACAUGUUGAAUGGAGUAAGAUCCAAACACCAACCGACAAGAUCGUUGUGCCGUAUGAUAGCCUAUCAGCUGUACCAGAAGAUGCUGCUCAAACCAAGAGUCUCUUGGAUAAGCUUGUAGUGCUAAAGCUUAAUGGAGGGUUGGGGACAACAAUGGGAUGCACUGGGCCAAAGUCGGUCAUAGAAGUCCGGAAUGGCCUAACAUUCUUAGACUUAAUUGUCAUCCAACUUGAGUCACUCAAUAAGAAGUAUGGUUGUAAUGUACCCUUGCUUCUAAUGAACUCAUUCAACACUCAUGAAGAUACACAGAAGAUUGUGGAAAAAUAUGCUGGUUCAAAGAUCGAUAUUCACACAUUCAAUCAGAGUCAGUAUCCUCGACUGGUUGCUGAUGAGUUUCUGCCACUGCCAUCAAAAGGAGUGACUGGCAAAGAUGGAUGGUACCCCCCAGGGCAUGGUGAUGUUUUCCCAUCCUUGAUGAAUAGUGGGAAACUCGAAGCACUAUUGUCACAGGGCAAGGAAUAUGUCUUCGUUGCUAAUUCUGAUAACUUGGGAGCUGUAGUUGAUUUGAAAAUCUUGAAUCACUUGAUCCAGAACAAGAACGAGUACUGCAUGGAGGUAACACCCAAAACAUUGGCUGAUGUGAAAGGUGGUACUCUAAUUUCAUACGACGGGAAAGUUCAGCUUCUGGAGAUUGCACAAGUUCCUGAUCAGCAUGUGAAUGAGUUCAAAUCAAUAGAGAAGUUCAAAAUUUUCAACACCAACAACUUGUGGGUGAAUUUGAAUGCCAUUAAAAGACUUGUGCAAGCAGAUGCACUUAAAAUGGAGAUUAUUCCAAAUCCAAAGGAAGUCGAUGGUGUUAAAGUUCUUCAGCUAGAAACCGCAGCUGGUGCUGCAAUCAAGUUUUUUGAUAAUGCCAUUGGCAUUAACGUUCCCCGAUCUCGCUUCCUGCCAGUGAAAGCAAGUUCUGAUCUGCUUCUUGUUCAGUCUGAUCUUUACACUGAAAAGGAUGGGUAUGUGAUCCGCAACCCAGCUAGGACAGAUCCAGCAAAUCCUUCAAUCGAAUUGGGUCCUGAAUUUAAGAAGGUUGGAGAUUUCUUGAAGCGUUUCAAGUCUAUUCCGAGCAUUAUUGAGCUGGACAGCUUGAAGGUGUCUGGUGAUGUGUGGUUUGGAUCUUCUGUUGUUCUCAAGGGUAAAGUGGUGGUUGCUGCCAAAUCUGGAGAGAAGUUGGAAAUUCCAGAUGGAGCAGUUCUUCAAAACAAGGAAGUGCAUGGUGGUGCCGAUAUCUAAAUCUAAAAGGUUUCUGUUGGCGGCUUGUUGGUUAUUUUGGUGUAUUAGAAUAAAUGUGUACAAUUUUGUGAUUUUUUAAAUCUCUUCACAUCACAUCACAUGAGGCUUUUAAUGUAAUGGCUUACAAGUAUCAAUUUUGUACAUCACCUGCUUGCAUUUGCUUUAACGCUGGUUACAUAC